UGGCAGGCAGUUGACGCGCAACAAUUGUACGAUUCACGUGUUGUUUCCCUCAUAACGAUGAUGAUCAUGAUAUUGUCGCGCCUCCUUUGGUGAUCCUCGCGAAUGCCCACACACCACAGUUCUCUUACAUGUAGUAUAUAGCAUGCAUGGAUUUGUCGAAUCUACGGCCUAGCAAUCAAAAGAAGAUCAACACUCUCGUUGUCCUGUGUCACACUGAGCAAUUAACAAAUCCAAUCUAAAUAACAGUGGUUGUUGUUGUUGUUCUCGAGUUGGUGAGCUUCGAGCGGGGAUCAAAGAAGAGUUCUACUACGGCAUCCUCGUACCCUGAGGUCGCGCGGACGGCAAUCGAGACGUCGGACCGAGGGUACCCCAUGUUGGCGAGGUUACUGUUCGCCAUCACCCGCCUUGGGAGAUCCCCCAGGAAAAAACAACACAUCCACCUCGAUCUGUACUGAAGACAUAAAAACAUACGUUCACCAGUGUUCAGACACUUUUGAUUUUGUUUGCUCAUUGAAGAGGACAUUCGAAUCUUAAACUGUGCAGUGAUUUUCGUUUUUCCGGUAUCGUUUCUUUUUUUUCUCUCUUUAUUUCUUCAUUCGUUCGGAUUUUCCUCUACUACUGCUGCGAGUGACAAGGAUACGCGAAGAUGGAGAACGCGGAGAGGACCAACCUGAGGAAGCUCUCUUUCUUGGGUUUUGGUCGACGCACUGGAAAAAAUAACGAUGGAAACAGCGGGUCGAACAGCACGGACGUCUAUUUGGACGAGGAAUGUGCGAAAGUCUUCGCCAUGGAUACCGAACAUCGCGAUAAAUUCGACCUGAACAAAUUGCACGAAACUAACGUUUCCAACGAACCGAGGAACUAUGGGGAGAACGAGUACUCGUUGCAUCGCAAGAAGAGCUACCCACACAUGCACGCCCCGCUGAAGGUGUCGAAAUCGUCGAAACGUCGUUCGUCGUCCACGCACACGACGGCCACGGGGUCGCCGGCCGAGACGCCGUUGCCAGGGACGCCAUCCUCGACGACAGGACCUCCAUCGUCCUUCGCCACAGCCACCGCGACACCGAGUAGCUACCCAUCGCCGAUCCUCCAGGUCACCGAUUCGGAUACGGGAGUCGUCAGCUCCUUGACUAUUGUAGAUGACGAGAGCGGCAGCGAAUCCGAGGGUAUUCUAUCCGAUCCGUCUGGGUACAGGACCCACGAGUACUCUCCUGAGAAGAAGGUACAGUUUAUCUCCGGACGUAUCCCGGAGGACGGCAGCGUCGCCAACACCGAUGACAAGAAACAGAAGAAAAGCCGUCACCAUUAUCCGCACUACUCGAAGUUCCGCAAAUACUCGCUGCCCGAUGACCCGAGCCAGAGAAAGAGGCAUCAUCACCACCACCAUCACCAUCAUCACAAUGUGCUGGCCGAAGGUUUCAACAAGGGUCGCCGGAUCUCCACGCAGCCCGAAGACCUGCCUCUCGGAGAUCAGGACCGUGACCACCUGGACAGUCACAGGUCGGACGACCCGAGGGCUCUUCGCCGUCACCGCACGUCGAGACCCUCCAAUGCAUCCCUCGUGCACAUCGGAAGAGGGGAACAGCUUGCGGCCGGUUUCUUCAAGAAGAUGUACGACCACAGCCCUCACGCCAUCUUCGUGGAAUUGGACGAGAUAUUCGAGGAGCAGGACGAACGCGAGUGGAAGGAAACGGCUCGUUGGAUCAAGUACGAGGAGGACGUGGAGGAAGGUGUCGACAGGUGGGGUAAACCCCAUGUGGCCUCGCUGAGUUUCCACUCGCUUCUGAACCUGAGGAAGUGUCUCGAGGAUGGUCUCGUCUGUCUCGACAUGGAGGAACGAGAUCUGCCUGCUAUUGCGUACAGGAUCUCCGAGGAGCUCUACAAGGAAGAUCUGAUUAGGGAGGAGGACAAGGCGAAGAUCAUGCGGAUCCUAUUGCUCAGACACAGACACGUGAACGAGCACCACGACCAUAAGUUCAAGUUCUACAAGAAGCACAGCUACUCCUCCUUGCAGUCUUUGUGGUUUGAGGAUGCUGCUGGAUACGACGCUAUGAUGAUGGCACGUUGCUCGGUGUGCUCAGCACAGGGUUCCCUGUGUCCACCGCACAUGUUACCACGCCACUCUAUCAUCUCUUAUCACAAUUUGCAUGAUGGCGAAAAGAGAAAAUCUGCUGAUUUGGGAAACGGUUUGAAGAACGGCGGUCACUCCAUCGACGCAGACGGUAAACUGUUGCCUGGAGAUACUCAUGCCAUCGAUAUUAAGGAGGAACUGUAUACGGCCAGCACCGAGGAUCUGAAGAAGUUUCAAAACGAUACUAUUCUUAAGAGAAUUCCAGUGGGCGCUCAAGGUUCCAGCGUGCUCGUCGGUUCGGUAGACUUCCUGGAGCAGCCCGCUAUUGCCUUCAUCCGUUUGGCCGAGGGUGUAGUCAUUCCGUCUUUGAUCGAGGUGAACCUUCCUGUUAGGUUUAUCUUUUUGCUGCUCGGUCCCAGAGAGGCCAAACUGGAUUAUCACGAGGUGGGAAGAUCCAUUUCUACUUUGAUGGCAAAUCAACAGUUCCACAAUAUAGCCUACAGCGCCGAUAAUAGGAAAGCAUUGUUGUCGGCCAUAAACGACUUUCUGGACGAUAGUAUCGUUCUUCCGCCAGGCGAUUGGGAGAGACAGGCCCUUCUGCCUAUCGAAGAGAUCAAAGCUAAGAGUCAGGCAAUCCGUAAACGUAAAGAGAAUGCUUUAAAGAAGGUGCAUGGGGCCGAGAGCAAACCGUUGCUUUCAGCUGGCGGAGACGGAGAUGGCAAAAAACCACCAUUUCCGAAUCCUCUGGAGCGCACCAAAAAACCUUUUGGAGGUCUAAUCAAUGAUUUGCGUCGCAGAUUCCCAUUGUACAAGAGCGAUAUCGUGGAUGGUUUGAAUGCUCAAUGCUCGGCUGCAGCUAUUUUCAUGUACUUCGCUGCGUUAUCUGGUGCUAUCACAUUCGGUGGUCUGAUGAGCGACAAAACGGACAAUUACAUAGGGAUAUCUGAGACUCUGGUUGCGACGUCCGUAGCUGGCGUAAUAUUCGCUUUGUUUUCGGGACAACCAUUGGUUAUCGUCGGCAGUACAGGUCCAUUGUUACUCUUCGAUGAAAGUUUGUAUCAGUUUUGCAAAGCGAACGGAAUCGAAUACCUGACGACGCGCGUCUACAUUGGUAUAUGGCUUGGAAUCAUAGCGCUCUUUGUGGCCUCUCUAGAAGGAAGCGUCUUCGUUAAACUCUUCACCCGUUUCACCGAGGAAAUCUUCUCAGCUCUCAUCUCAUUGCUCUACAUUGUGGAGAGUGUGAUGAAGCUGGUGUUCGUCUUCGGAAAACAUCCCUUGAUGCAGGAAUACUGCGAUUCCGAUCUAAUGACCGGCCUAGCUGACAACUCUUUGCUCAAUGGUAAUUACACCGAAGACUCAUCGGAAAACUACACGGAGAUUGCGACAACUCAAUCAUCGAUGACGAUGGCCUACUUCAAACCCACCAACCAACCGAACACCGCCCUCUUCUGCACAAUCCUGGCCUUGGGCACCUUCGCCAUCGCCUACUACCUACGUCUGUUCAGAAACAGCCAGUUUUUGGGAAGGAAUGCUCGGAGAGCGUUGGGCGAUUUCGGCGUGCCAAUUGCUAUUGUGAUAAUGGUCGUCCUUGAUUAUAUGGUCCCCGAAACCUACACCGAGAAGUUGAGCGUUCCAGAAGGACUGUCACCAUCCAACCCGGAGGUGCGAGGAUGGCUCAUUGAUCCGAGCGGAAGCAACGAACCUUUCCCGCUUUGGGUAGUGGCUGCUGCAUGCAUUCCUGCAAUGCUCGUUUACAUCCUGCUCUUCAUGGAAACCCAUAUUUGCGAAUUGAUUAUGGAUAAGAAGGAGAGGAAACUGAAGAAGGGAAGCGGAUUCCACCUGGACAUCGUCCUCGUGUGUUUGAUCAACGUAGGUUGCGGUUUCCUCGGAACACCGUGGAUAUGCGCUGCCACCGUCCGUUCCGUGGCCCACAUUUCCGCCGUGACGGUGAUGUCCAGGACACAUGCACCUGGUGAGAAGCCACACAUCAUCGAAGUCAAGGAACAACGCGUCUCCGCUCUGACCGUGUCCAUCCUGGUGGGAUUAUCCGUGCUGAUGGCACCGCUCCUCAGGCUCGUACCCAUGUCCGUCCUCUUCGGGGUAUUCCUCUACAUGGGUGUCUCCUCGACGGACGGUAUCCAGUUCUUCGACCGCAUGAAGCUGUUCUUCAUGCCCGUGAAACAUCAUCCGCAGGCAUCGUACGUCAGAAGGGUGAAGACUGCCAAGAUGCAUCUGUUCACGUUCAUCCAGCUGAUGUGUCUGGUGGUGCUGUGGGUCGUGAAAUCCACGAAGGCCUCUCUAGCCUUCCCGUUUUUCCUCUUACUCAUGGUUCCAUUCAGGGCGCAACUCAAAUAUUUGUUCUCGCCGAUAGAACUCAGAGCUCUUGACGGGGACCAACCGGAUGUGGACGACGACGAACCUGACUUUUACGCGGAGGCUCCACUUCCUGGAUAACAAAAAAAAAA